AUUAAUUAAUUUCUAAAUGAAUCAGCAAGUUAAUGAUCUGACGUAUUCUUUGCACAACGAUGCAUUAUUUGUGUUUGUUUUUGAAAGAUUUACGCCAAUUCUUACCACAGAGUGCUUGCACUUACAUUGCCUGUCUGCCAUGGUGUCUCUCGUUGUGUCUCGGUCACUCCCACUACACGCUCCGCCGAGGAGAGGCUGAGCUGAGCUUCUUACAACCUGAGCCCCGAGUCGAGUCAAGAAACAGAAUUUCAUGUAUCCAGAUUGUAGAGAAAGCAUCUUUAAAAGAUUCACAAAACGUAAAGUUUAGGUGGACUUUCGGUUAUCGUUGUAGGAUAAAGCCCCGGCUCUCGCUGUGUCCUCGCGCUCCACAAAGUAAAAGUACCCGAGUCCUCUGCCGCCGCGUCUCGGUCCAUCCCCUCCUAGAGGUCGUUAAGAGGGGCUUUUACUUUGGAAACCUGGAAGUAACACUUCUCUGGUUAACCAGCCAGAAACAAGAUGGAGGACGUGUCGUACCAGGAGAGACUGCAGGCCAUCGCAGAGAGGCGUCGCCAGCAGGAAGAGGAGGAAAAGGUGAAGAGAGAGACGGAAGAAGAGAAGUGGAAGUUGGCCCAGAAACAGAAAAAGUCCUUAAGAGAUCAGUGGUUCAGUGAUCCAGGUGAUGCCCUCGAGGUACAGUCAGACUUGCCCCAGCUGCACAGUCAAUCAACGACUGAGGAAGGAGAACAGGAAGUCUGCAUCAGAGGACCGAAGGACUCAGCUUCUGUGGUGAGUUCAGGGAAAGAAGUCUACAUCCAAGGGACUGGAGGAAGUGACAUCACCGAAGACAUGUCACAACAGAUCUUCCACGAGGGUGGCCAAGAUGGCCGAUCAGUCCUGGGGAUGGUGGCGGUGCAGGUGGAGGUGGACCCCCGGACGGGCGCCACCGUGGUCCGCUCCGUGGCGCCCAUGUCGGCGCCGGUGGGCGCCACGGCGACCACGGUGUUCGACGACGGCCGCAAGAGCGUGCACGCCAUCGGCGGGGGCGGCGCCCAGCCCUCGGCGGAGGAGCUGGGGCGCAUCCUGAGCGCCAUCGACGGCGUGGGGAUGACGGUGCUGCUGGACGACGUCGCCGUGACGACGAGCGCGAGCGCGGCGUCGGACGCCAACGACGGAGAACGCUCCCGGGGGUCCCCGGCGGCCGCGGGGUCCGUGGACGCGUCGCCGCGCGUCGUCGAGGUGAGGGGCGGAUCGGGGGGCGGGGCCCAUGUCGGGGAGGCGGGAGCGGAGGAGGGAGGGGGCGUGGCCGUCACCCGCGGCCUGGUGGAGUCUGCCAUGACGGUGAGGGAGGCGGCCGGUCAGCCAAUCGUCACGGAGGCGGCGCCGGGGGCGGUGCCGGACUACGAGACCCCGGUGGUCCUGACCUUCCUGGGCUACGCCGACUCCGACCAGCGGGAGGGGCCGGAGGGCGUGGCCCUGGGCCGCGACGACCGCGGGGGCGUGCUCACCGUGGAGCGAGUGGUCAUCGACGCCGGGGACGAAGACGGCGACGAAGAGGAGAAAGAGGAGGUUCUAGAAACCUCCGCGAACGGUGGUCCCGCGGGGCCGGGCGGGGCCCCUGAGCGGGACGGCGCGUUCCAGGAGGUCCGGCUGGACGGGAGCGUGAAGCGGGCCCCGGCCAAGGGGGCGGAGCCUGACGAGGUGCCCUCGGAGCCGGCCACACCCAAGGAGGGGAGCAAGGAGACAGAGGAGUCCUCCAAACCCAAGGCCUGUCAAUGCUGCUCUGUCAUGUAG